GUUUCUUUUUCUACACUUUUGGUUUUUUCCUUUUCUUUUCUUUUUCUUUUUGCCCAUUGACUAAUUCUGCACAUUUUACUAAUUAUUGUAAUUCUAUCUAUUAAUUGUUGACCAUUUUCUUACAAUUUGUUCUCUCUAAUUGAUUUGGUUCCAUUAUUACAAAUUCUAAAUGAUUGUACCUGGUAAACAAUGUGUUACCUUAUUCUCAAUACUACUGUCUUUGUGUUGUUUUUUUCUCUUGAUGAUUUUCGGUUGUAAAUGAUUUAUCAUGCACGAUAUGAACAAGAAUAAUUCAAAUAAGUAUUAUUACAAGAAUCAUCAUCCGAUGUCCAAUAAUAAUCAACACAAUCGUUCCCACCAUCCGGGCAACAUGUUUGAUAAUCAGCGUAAUGAUUAUUUUAACGGGCCUCCUGGUGGUUAUAUUGGUCCUCCUAUGCUCAAUAAUAAUAACAAUAUGAUACCAAGUGGUGGUUAUAAUCAUUUUACUAGUUCUUAUCCAACUGGAGGCGGCGGAGUUGGUGGUGGAAAUGGAGGUGGUAAUGGUGGAGGACCAAAUUUUUAUAGAGACUUUAGACGAAAUUGGCCCCAACAGCCCCAGAUGAUACCACCACAACAAUCGCAGGCACAACACCGACAAAUGCCACCAACACGAUCUAAUCCACCAGUUUCAUCGCAAGGACAAUCAUCUUCAUCAUCUUCAUCAUCAUCUUCCUCUAAUCAGGCUAAUAGAAAUUCUAACUCUUCCUCAACCACCGUGACAACCACAACUACCACCACUUCGUCGUCAUCUUCUUCAUCAUCUUCCUCCUCUUCUAGAAAUACUCGAACAAUUGAUGAACAGACACUUCUUAAAUUGAAACAACACUUAACCGUUACACAGAAGGAAUUGGCUAGAGUGAUUGCGAAGAAAAUUAAACUCGAAGUGGAAGAAAAAAGGUUACAAAAGAUUGUGGAUAAAAGUAAAUCAGAGGUUGACAGGUUGGAAUCGAGAUUAAGAGAUCCAAGGGUCAAGAAUCGACCCGACUCAGGCCAUUCGACACCACCGACACUGGACCGAUCAUUUAAUUUCUUAUCCACUCCUCAAGUUUUCCCACCAUCAACUUCACUUCCUACUACUUCAGUUACCAAUAUAUUAACAACAACAGUGCCAAUUUCUAGUGUUCAAAAUACAUUUACAUUUUCCGGACUAUCCAACGCAACCUUGCAGCUCAACUCUCACCUCUCAACUCCCAGAUCAACUGCAACAACAGCAACAACAACCACAACAUCAACCAUAACCACGCCAACAUUUAUUCCCAAUUUGUCAAUUCCACCAUUAACAGGACCAGGUAACAUUUCAAUUGUUAACAACUCUGGUAAUUUAACAUUAAAUGGCCCCCUAUUAUCUAUGUCUCCUCAAUUCGCCGGAGGUCAAACAGCAUCACUUCUCGCUCCUACAACUCGAAGUUCUAACAAAAAUUCCACCUCUAGAGGUAAACAAUUAGGUAAUUUAGUCCAAUUUAAGCAACUUAAUUUGGUUUUUGCUACUUUUCCUGAUGAGAUUUUAAAACCAGAAAUUUAUCCUUCAAGUCAAACCAAGCUUAGAGUUAAUUUCGUUUUUAAACCAAGUCAACUGGACUUAAUUCAAGAUCCCCAACAAAGAGUUUUAUUAAGAAUAUGUAAUUUCAAAUCAAAGAAAGCGAAUCAAGGUGACAGAGUUUCCCGUAAAUUAUUGAUUAAAAUUAACUCCAGACCAUUUUCAUUGGGAAAACAAGCCGCUGGAUCAAUCAAAGCACCUUUAGAUAUAACACAAUAUUGUACUGUUCUACGAAAUGAACUUGAUCUUUGUUGGCCUGAAAACGAGCCUGUUCGUGAUUACAGUAUCGGUAUAUACAUUAGUAGAAGAUUUACUCCUGACAAAAUCCUCGAUAACUUGAAAAAAAAAGAGUAUCAAAGACCAAGUGAUGAAACUUUAAAAAUGAUUGUAAAAAAUUUCGCUGCCAGUGGUGAUAUAUGCUCAGAGGAGAUAAUGGUCCCUCUAUGCUGUCCAAUAACCAAAAAAAGACUUGAAAUCCCUGCGAUUGGUGUGAAGUGUGAACAUCUUGCCUGUUUCGAUGCUAAAUCAUUUUUAGAUAUCAAUCAAAAACGCUCAGAGUGGCAUUGUCCGUCUUGUAAAAAAGCCAUAAGCUUCAAUGAUCUAAAAGUAGAUUGUUUAAUAGCUGAAAUAUUGUCCAAAGCUCCGCCUGAAUGUUUAAAAGUUUCAUUUGACCGAAAUGGUACUUGGCAUCCUGUGAUAGAAAAUAAAGCGAAAGAAACUUCCCCUACCUUAAUUGACGUUAAUCGAAUUGACAUAAUUACUUUAGAUGACAGUGAUGAGGAAAAUUUGAAAGGUGGAAACAACGAUAAUCAUCCCACCGGUGUAUCAGCCGGAGAGGCAAGAAUGGAUUUAGAAACUGAGCACGAGGAAGAGGAAGAUGAAGAAAGUGAACAAGAUGACGACGAAGAUACAGAGCAAGAUGAUGAAUCAGAUGAUGCUAGUGAUGAUGAUGAUAGUGAUGAUGAUAGUAAUGAAGAUUCAGAUGAAGAAGGUGAAUUAACUGAUAACAGUCGAAGAGAUAAUUCUGGUCGUUGUGAAAGAACUCGUCGAUAUGAGGAUGAUCCCGAUUUUGUUUACUCUGGUACUGAAUCUGAAUCGAAAAGUCCAAAUGGUGAAGGUCCUUCAUCUAACGGUGAUACAGAUCACAAUUUAGAUGAUUCAGCGUUAGAUGAGGAGAUUAGACCACCUUCAAGUAGUCGUGAACGAAGGAAGAAACAGUUCUCCGAAAUUUUUGGCAGUGAUUCCAGGGAGAACUCACCGGAUUCUUCUGUUAAUUCUCCAGUUACUCGUAAAAAACGGAAACAAAGGACUGGAAGAAGAUGUACAAGAAAAGUUCGACGAAAAGAUUAACCGAACGCUCAUUUUUACCAUAUAAUUUUUGUUAAUACGGAAAAUUUUGUGAUAACAAUUCAUUGGAACAAUUUAAAUCAAUCAUCUCACACACUCUCUCCAUCAUCUUUGUUAUCUCUCAACUACCAUCGACAUCUUUCACCCCUCUCAUCAUCAUCAUCAUGGCCAACAAUAAUAAUCAUCAUCCAUCCAUAGGUCAUUUCAAAAUCAACUCGAAAAUUAAUCAUUAUCAUCAAUUCAUUUGUCAUCAUCACCACCGCGGUAUAAAUAUUAUCUUUUGUAUCCCCUUGAAAAGAAUAGGAAGAAAAUGAUAAUAUUUUGUUUCAUCAUCGAGCGACACUCAAGAAAUAUCGAAAUCUGAGAAAAUAAGUUCCUUGUUUAUUUAUCGAAAAUUCUAACAUGAGAUUCUGGUAUCCUUAUAACAGUUUGCAUUCCCAUUGGAAGAAAAUUUUAUUAAUAUUUAUAGAACUUUGUUUUUUUUGUCUUUUACCAUGAAAAACACUAUGGCAAUCAAAGUACAACAAUUGAAAGAAAUCAACUCAAAAUUGGAGAAAAAAACAAAAGUAAGACCAAAAAGUUCAGUGUAAUCUGUUCAUGGGAGAAAACUCAUCAUCUUCUAUUUUUCAUAAUAGUCUCUUCCCCAUUUGCCUUCUCACUCUUUCAAAUGUCCUCUUCUUCUUGCACAAUUAACUUAUCAACGAUUCCAAAUUGAUGAUGGCCGAUUAAUUGGAGUAUAUAUGGACACAAUCAACAUCCCAAAGAAAGAGAAAACCACCAAAUUUAUAAAUAAUAACAUUAAUGAUAAGAAUAUGUAAUUAAAUCUAAAUGAGAAUUAAACAAAAAGAGCACAAACUCUGUAUAGAGAAUGGAAAUUAGAAAAACAAAGUUAUGCUUUUUUGAUUAAAAUCCAUUGAAAGUUUA